AUGGCCCAGCCCAUUGAUAUCCCGGUCAAGAGAAGUCGCCUCCAGGCUGCGACUCUCGAGAAAUCCGUCUUUCCAGCCGACGAGGGCCCUUAUUUCGGAUACAUUGAGUUGUUCGAGAGCGGGCACGUCUACCGUGCCCUCUCGUCUGGUUCCGGCAAGUACGUCGAGAUCGGUGCGCGAUGCUCGCUGCCUACUCUCGCCUUCAUCGUGGAGAAGGAUAGGUUCUCGCGGAGCAUCACCGUCGAGAUUACAAGCCUGGGCCUCAAACAAGCUGUGUCCCAUGCCAUCCGCCAGCCCACAGCGUCAUCCGCGUCCCUGGAGCUGCCCUUCAACACCGUCCUCAAGAACUAUGAAGCCUUGAAAGCCCAUCUCAAUGACCUCCGUGAGCGAUACCCCUAUGAUGAUGUGACGUCCGAAAUGCAGCUCCUCGUGGAAGACCUGCUGCUAGAGCGUGCAUUGUACGAUGGCAUGAACAUGGACCUGCUCCGCCAGCGACAGAUCCUCUGCGUGGCCCACCUCCAGGACAUCCAUGCGCAGAAUGUGGGCACCGGAUUGAAUGAGAUUGAAGAUUGUUUCUCGCUUGGGCUCAUCCCCGAUGAUAUCAGUGAGCAGUAUCUGGAGGCAAUGAACCUCAGAUACGCAGACCUCGCGCGGCUGGGUGACUAUGGUGGACUUCGAAGCCUCUGCGAGCCUAUCGUGCGAUCCGGAGAGAUUGAGCUUGAAUACAAUCCCUCCCUAGUUCUCGAAGUUCUCCAGAAUGGUCAUAUGGACGUCUACCAGUACAUGCUAGACCUCAUUGAUCGCACAAAACGGACCUCGGUCGAGAUCCCCGAUCCCCAAUACUCCGACGUCACCUUCGACCCUCUGUAUGUCGCCAUCAGCCUCGGCCAGAUCGAAGCUGUGCAGCACUUCAUUGGCAACCACGCAACAUUUGAAGGAUACGUCUUCGACGAUCCCCACGCAAGCAAGGAUCGCAUCUUCACGCCGUUGUUUGCCGCCGCGUACUGGCACCAGCCGGACAUUGCACGUCUGCUACUGCAGUCGGGACCAAUUUACUAUGCAGGUCUGCCCCAGGCCACUGCAUUGGCACAACAAACCGGGUCGAUGGACGUUCUCCAGGCAUUGAUGGAGCAUCAUGAGCAGUCUACCCCGGCCAGUUUCGUCCAUGACAUCUUUCCUCAGGCAACCUCUUCCCAGUUUCAGUUUUCAGUAUCGCCGCAGAGUCUGCACUACCCAAUCGCCUCCACAGGUCAGAGUCCUCCCGGACUAGCAAGAAGUAUUUCAGGCAUCACCAAUGCGCUGUCUGGCCUUGACGGUACUGUUUCCUUCCAGCCCGGAAGCUUUACAUCCACGUCCACUCAACGCGCCAUGGCUCAGCCUGCGCAGGCCAUCGCCAGCCCUGACUUCUCUGCUCCGCCCAUCCUGAUAGAACCCGGCCCUGUCGGGCAUUAUUCUCAGACGAGCGGUCUCACCGAAAUGUUUGCCGAGUUCAGCCAAACUCCAUUCACCUCGAUUAGACACACUAGCAGUCACAAAUCCCGGCAACAGCUUGGGCGUAACUUCAUGCAAAAGCUAGAGAAACGGUGCAAGAGGUUGAAGAGUAUAUGCUGUAGUCACGCUAAGUCUAAGGCGUAUGUGGAAGUGGCAAAAUACUUCAACACUACUCAGGAAAUAUGGGAGGCGGGUAUCAACUGCUUCAGGGAAAUCACAAGGAACAAAGCACCGUCAAGUCUAGUGGAGGUCCUGCGAGUCCUCCUUGUUGCUGACGCCCUUGGAUGCCAUAUCCCAUACGCAAGUGACGAUCUUGCACUCGAGUUCACCAAUGACCUCGGACGAUGGAGAACCCUCUUGCAGGGCUCCGAGAAGAAAAUGUUCGACGAAAUCGUCUGUGCCGUCUGGAACAUUGACACCGUACCAACCUUGGACAUGCCCGAAAAUGAUCCAGAUAAACUCUACCGCUUCCAAGAACUGAUCCAAAAUCUCAUCUCUCUCGGAGACAUCAAGCAUCUCAAGUCCAGGUCUUCGGGCAGUCGACUCCGAACAGUACAACGACAGCUCAAGAGCCGAAAGCGAAAACCUGUGCUGAGGCGGCGCGCAGACAGACCGCCUGUCCUGCCCGAUGGCAGUUUCCAGAGCAUCGGUAGUGUUCUCGGAAGGUUGACGCAUGACACUGAUUCUUUCUAUGAAGAUGAUGUGGAUCUCGGGGAGUUUAUUGACUUCGAUGCGUUCGGGCUUGAAUUUGAUGACCAAAAACCAACACAAUCCAGUGACUUGGUGGAGCCGACUGUGGAGUGGAAGGAUGUUCACCCAAUAGUUGUUCUGGUAUUCGCAUCGGUCGCGUUUUCUAUCAUCUUGACAGCAGUGUCCACAAUCCAAGACCCCCCUGAGGAGCAUAAGCCAAGGGCGUUCCCCGGCGCCGCGCCUGGCUAUGGCAGGUCGUGCGCUAUUGUAGAAGGGUUUCUCAGCUUCCAGUCCGAGGACAAACUGUAUGACUCUGGGAUAGACGUGCGCUCGGUGGGAGAGGAAUGGUCGAGCCCCUACAUCCAAGAGAUGAAGAAAGCAAGUCAACGGAACUCCCGUCUUCGGUCGUUGAACCCUGCGGGGAUACCAUCAGCAAGUUUGACCGUGGCAGCAUCGAUGAGCAGUCCAAGUGGUUCCUCUUUCAUCUCGACCGACUUUUCGUCCCCAGACACAGCGCGCUCAACAGAGCGGCGAAUCAAGUGCCUAUCAUGCCACAAGACGUUUUCAAGCGUCAGCAACCGCAACAAGCACAUGCGGGAGGGGUGCGCAAAAAUAGAAAGAAAGGGGUAUGUGUGUCGCAACGAGAGCUGCACCAAGGUGCUCACGACCAAGUGGUACCGAAAGACGCACGAGCAGACUAGGUGUCGGUUCCGUUGA